AUGUAUGAGCGUGUUAGGCUUCGAUCCGUCACAAUUGAUCAUGUUGUGUUUUAUGCCGCAGUCUUCGGAGACUAUAAUCCACACGAACACAUGCGUCCUCUCGUUACGAGGUGGUGUCUAGAGGUUGGAUCAGCACUUGUGGGCCAGCACCUGUUGACAAGCACUUGUUGGCCAGGGUGUAGAUCUCCUCGUACCUCGAUAAGACGUCCUCUAGCUUCGUCCCAGCACAAUAUCAGCUCGCUGUCCUUAUUUUGGGGCACAUCACUCGCUUCCAUGGACAUGGUCCUCUUGCACUCGCCGCAAACGUGUUGUUCGGCAUAUAGCAUAUGUUUCCGAUCUCCUGGACGGGGCAGUACACGCUAUAAUCAAGCAAGAGAUGUACGAACACGACCGUGGUUGUAUAAACCAACUUGCAAACACGAUUUGCACGCGGGCCAAGAAGAUGGAGGGCGAAAGACCAGCUACAUCGAGAUGAUGUGUAUGCGUGAAGCAGAUGCCAAAGUACGGGACCAGCGGCCAGGGAAGAGAACCGUUAAGGUGGUUAUAGAGGCAGUCGAGUCGGAUCGAAUCAACCGUUACCGACAUCCCUUCUUGCGAAAGACCUCUCGUGCACACGGCCAACGGAAUGAAGGGCGACAUGAUGAAGUGGAAGGCUGGCAAAGACUUGACCGAACGAAUCGAGAGCAUGAAGCAGACAGCGUGAAAAGAGCCCCAACUGAUGACGGUGAUGAUGAUACGGCCAGUGACAUCGAGGAGCACUUGGAACCCGAUACCCAGCUGAUGGAGGAUAGCGAGGAGAAGCUGAUUCCUCGGGGGCGCUCGGAACUCGAUUCUCAGCUGGGAGAGGACAUCAAGAAGAUUCUAAUUCUUCAGGAGCGAUUGGAACCCAACUCCCAGCUAGGAGAGGAGGACAUUGAGGAGAAGCUGAUUCCUCAGGAGCGAUUGGGACUCGACUCCAGCUGGGAGAAGACAUCAAAAGCGCUUGGAACUCAAAUCUCAUCUAGGAGAGGACACUAG